AUGCUUGAUACAAAUCGUUGUGAUUUAAUCGUAAUGGAAAUUUUAUUUACAUGCAUUAUACUUGAAUUUCUUUGGACUGUUUAUUUCGUUGAAACAUUGGAAUAUCGUUCAUCAUUUUUAACAUUUUUCACUGUAGAUUUACCUAAAUUUGAACCUAAAAUAGAUGAACAAAUGCGACAAAUUUUAAUCAAAUUUCAAGCAAUUGUAAAUUUUAUUGUUACUGGUGUUUAUCUAAAUCUUAUUAUUUUAAUUGCUUGUUUCAGUGUUUUAGUUCCAUUAAUAUCCUGUCUUCCAAGCUAUAAUGAACAAUGUACAAAAAAUCUUUUACAAUGGUUAGUACAUUUACAAUGGCAAUCAAAAUUUAAACGAUAUUCACAAAUAAGACAAUCAAUCAAAACAAAUUUAUUUAUACAAUCAAUGACUUAUAAUCGAUUAGGUUUUACAUGUGGUCCAUUAUUUUAUAUUAAUAAAUAUAAAUUUUUUGAAUUAUUAAUGUUAAAUAUACCAUGGAUAUUACUUUUUUAUAAACAAAUUUCAUUAUUAAUUAAUAAUUCUCAUAAAUUGUCAAAUAUUGUUAGAAAAAUAUCAUGGAUUCGUUUUCAUAAAGAAUAUAUUGUUCUAUAUUCAAUUCUAGCUCGAUUGAAUCAAUCAGCAAUGUAUAUUCUAUUUGAUCUUGAAAUUGUUAAUAAAGCAUCAGCCAUGUUUGCAUGUGUAUUCUAUAGUAAACAAGACAAAAUGGGUUUAAACAAUACGUCAUUUACAUUGAUUCUGAUAUUUUAUGUUUUAUCAGCAAAUCUUAUGUAUCAUCAAAUUGCAACACUUCCCGAAUAUAAUGCAAAAUAUAAAACAUGA